AUGCAACCAGUCCAAGAUAAGAUGGUUGCUUCGAAACUAUUUAAAUUUAAUUAUUCUACUGGCAUUCAUCCUUUGUUCUUGUUAAUUUUGGUAUUUCUCUCUGGAAAUUUUAUUUAUGUAUCAACAUCCACCAAACAACGCUUCAAUGUCGAGAAGUCAUUAUUCCAAUUAACACAGUCAAAUGCUUUUAAAUCAAUUGUCAAAUGUAGUGAUAAAUCGGAUGGUAUACAAUGUUUUAGACAAUACCGCAAUGAAUUGAGUGGAGAGUCAAGAAAUGGAAUGAGUACAGUUUCAUUUACUCAAUUGGAAAGGUCCGUUAAAUUUUUUUGA